GCGCGGCUACAACAACACAAUUACAACAACCAAUAACCGGCACGUACGCGCGCGCGCGCAUUCCGCGGCACACCACUCGUUCACGUGCGCUUCCAACGGGACACCGUCGGCCGACGCGAGGCACUAACACAACCCCUCCCGCCGCCCCCAACACGCGAGCCCGUUCGUCCGCGUCCCGCCGGUGCCGGUUAUCGUUUCGCGCAUCGUCCCGAUCUCCUGUCGGUCGGGGGCCCGCGUGUCGGUCGUGCAGUCGCGUCGCGCCCGGUUGAAAACCGAUCUCGACCGUCCGCGUGCGAUGGUCACGGCCGACGGCGACGACCAGUACCGUUGCGAUAGCCGUCGCACCGCCACCACCGCCGCCGGGGCCGCACCGCGUCCGGAACAAUGAUCGGCCGCUGGUUCGUCGGGUUCGUCGUGUUCGUGGGCUACCUGUGCCUGGGCGCUUUCGUGUUCUACCGGAUCGAGCGGAACGAGGAGGAGAGGCGGCACUACAUCGAGUCGUUGGAACGGCUCGAGCUGAAAGAACUGCUCGCGAAACACUACACGCAGGCCAACGCACACGUGCACAAACAGUUCGUCCGACAGUUGAACGCGUACUGCAACAGGACGGUUUUGGACGAAGGACCCGAAGAAAUAGUGCAUCAGUACCAAUGGACCUAUUACAACGCUUUCUUUUUCGCACUGACGACGCUGAGCACAAUCGGUUACGGAAACCUCCACCCGACGUCGGGCACUGGGCGCAUACUGGUGCUGGUGUACUCACUGAUCGGCAUCCCACUCAACGGUAUCGUGCUGACGCAACUCGGAAGCUUUUUCGAGUCCAGGAUUCUACGAGCUCAUUACAGCUACAAAACGCAACGGAUGAUGGGACCCCAGCUGAGUCUCAUCGUGGACAUAAUAACAUACCUGAUACCCGGUAUAAUCGUGUUCAUAUUGAUUCCGUCCGGUAUCAUAUCAUACUUCGAACAAUGGACAUUUGACGAGAGCGUUUAUUUUACUUUUGUCACGUUGACCACCAUCGGCUACGGAGAUUACGUUGCUGGACAGACAGUCAACACAAACAUAUGGUACAACGCGUACAAGGUUUUCUUGGUGUUCUGGAUCAUGUUCGGUUUGGGCUAUCUGUUCAUGAUACUCAGUUUCAUAUCGCGGGCAAUGCGGUCGAAAACGCUGGAGCACCUGUUCCUCGAACGGCUCAAGCAAACCCAUACAAAGAUAUGGCAUCAGUUCACCAAAGACGUAGUCUACAUUAGACGGAUAUUGAACGAGUCGUACCUGUUAAAGUUUAAGCCGGUGUACAAAAAAGAAACGUUACUGUGCGGCCAACCGUUGAAGCGGAGCCGGAGCGCGCCCGACCUGACCGAGUGGCCGGUGCUGCGCAAGGCGGUGACGGCGGCGGCGGCGGCGGCGCAGGCGUGCGGCGCGUCCGAGGACGAGGACGAGGAGUCGGUGCGGCAGCGGUUCGAGAAGCACAGGAUGAAGCGGCGGCGGGCCCUGUCCCAGAACAAGAUGCGCUCGCUGCUCCGGCGGACCAAGGCCACGUCGGAGAUCGACCUGGCCCACAUCGACAAGGAGGCCACGUUCGGCGCGGACAUCGCCUCCUACGAGAUCCUGUCCCGCGUUGUCGACGCGCUCGAGACGGCCGUGCCCAACCAACCGCCCACCGUCCAUCAACAGCAGCCCGUCCACCACCUGCAGCAAGACGCCGUCAACUCGAACAAGAAGAAAACGUUUUCGUUUUCCGAAGGCGUGCAGGGAUUCUCGUCCGAAUGCAUAUUGGCCAGCGAGAAGAACGAGUGGACGGUCGGCGGUGAUAUGCUGAACAGAGAGAACACGUUAGGGGCCAAGCACAGGAAUUCGUAUUUCGAGUACGACACUUGGGGAGGAGUCGACGAUCGGAAUUUCAAAAAGUCGAUGAGCGAUUACGCGAAAAACGGCGGCCACCAGCAGCACCACCAGCAGCAGCAGAAACCGCGCGUGCCGAAGCUGCGUCGCAUGUCCGCGGCCGCGUUCAACUUCUUGUCCAACAACAUCGCGCCCAAGUGGUUGGCCGAGAAGUUGGCCGACGGCGGCGAGGCGACCGACGACCCCAGGCACCGGUUGUCGCUGAACGACGACCACGGUCACGGUUACGGGUCCACGUACAACGGCGCGUCCGCGUUCAACCACCACUACCAGCAGAGGUACAACAACAACCGCGGCCACCGACACCACGGCCACGCGCAGCAGCACCACCACCGCAGCUCGUACACCGCCAACGGAUUCGCAGCGACGGUGUGCGCGCCCGCCGUCCCGGUGCACCAGCAGCAACAGCAACACCACCAGCACCAGCCGCCGGAGCAGCCGCGCGCCCGCCGGCUGUCCAGCCCGGACCCGGUGCUCGCGCACUGCGCCAACACCAUCGCGGUGGCCGACUUCCUGAUGACGUUGCAACGGUCGCUGGACAAGUCGUACUCGACGGUGCAGCCCUGUUACCCGAACCGCGCGGCCGCGGUGGUCCGCCAGGAGCGCCGGUCGCCGCUGUUCACGCUGUUCCAGGACCGGCGGGCCUCGUCGUCCGCCGAAUCGUGGCAGUACUCGUCGCUCGCGUCCACCGUUUCGUCGUCCGUAGCGGCCGCAGCCGCGCCGCCACCGCCGACGACGACGACGAUCGCGGACCCGGCGGUCCAGGAUUUGACGCCGACGGCGGAAGCGUUGACCGGCCGGAGCGAUUCGAGUGCGGAGCCGACGUCGAGGAGACCGAGGAAGAAGCGCGUCAGACGGUUCUCGAUACGGCCGACGUCGUCGUCGGCCGUGGCGCCCGCGGAAACGCAGCCCGGAGCGGCGAACUUUUGCGGCAGCGGUUGGACCGCCGGUGACAGGGACGACGACAAGGGCCGCGGCAAGAGAGACGACGUCCGUUUGCACAUCGAAGACUGAACCACACACACCCGCUCGACCCACACUGACCCGCGCACCGUCGUCGUGCGCGCAAAAAAUUUAUAAUGUGAAAAAAAAAAAAUCAAAACCAAACACCGCGUAAAAAAAAAAAAAAAAAUAAUAA